UGAUGUAGAGGAUUUGCCGGCGCGGGACCGACCUGGCAACUCUCGCGAGAGCGCUCACGAGGUCCUUCCUGUCUCGCCGUUGCUGCGGUUUGGCUGCGUGGCUUGGAUGGACUGGUGAAAUAGUGAAAAAUACCACUAAAACAAGUCUCCUUUGGGCUUUCAUCAGACCGCCACCAACAUGCCGGCGUAUUUCCAACGCCCAGAGAACGCUCUGAAGCGAGCGAACGAAUUUCUUGAGGUUGGCAAGAAGCAGCCAGCUUUGGAUGUUUUGUAUGAUGUCAUCAAGAGCAAGAAACAUCGAACAUGGCAGAAGAUCCACGAGCCCAUCAUGCUCAAGUACCUGGAGCUCUGCGUGGAUCUCCGCAAGAGCCACCUGGCCAAAGAGGGUCUCUACCAGUACAAGAACAUCUGCCAGCAGGUUAAUAUCAAAUCUCUGGAGGAUGUUGUUCGGGCUUACCUGAAGCUGGCGGAGGAGAAGACUGAGACGGCUAAGGAGGAGUCUCAGCAGAUGGUCCUGGACAUCGAGGAUCUGGACAACAUCCAGACCCCGGAAAGUGUCCUGCUGAGUGCUGUGAGUGGAGAGGACACUCAGGAUCGUACUGAUCGCCUUCUGCUCACCCCUUGGGUUAAGUUCCUGUGGGAGUCUUACCGCCAAUGCCUGGAUCUGCUGAGGAAUAACUCCAAGGUGGAGCGGCUGUAUCAUGACAUUGCCCAGCAAGCUUUUAAGUUCUGCCUUCAGUACACCCGCAAAGCCGAGUUCCGCAAGUUGUGCGACAACCUGCGCAUGCAUCUUGGACAAAUCCAGCGGCACCACAACCAGAGCACCGCCAUCAACCUGAACAACCCUGAGAGCCAGUCCAUGCACCUGGAGACGCGUCUCGUGCAGCUGGACAGUGCCAUAAGCAUGGAGCUCUGGCAGGAAGCCUUCAAGGCUGUUGAGGACAUCCAUGGUCUGUUUGCUCUCUCAAAGAAGCCCCCGAAACCCCAGCUCAUGGCAAAUUACUACAAUAAAGUUUCGACUGUGUUCUGGAAGUCUGGAAAUGCCCUCUUUCAUGCCUGCACCCUCCACCGGCUCUAUCACCUGUCCAGGGAAAUGCGCAAGAAUCUGACUCAGGAUGAGAUGCAGAGGAUGUCCACCAGAGUCCUCUUGGCCACACUGUCCAUUCCCAUCACCCCGGAGCGUACGGACAUCGCUCGACUGCUGGACAUGGACGGCAUCAUUGUAGAGAAACACCGUAGGUUGGCGACUCUCCUGGGUCUGCAGUCUCCACCAACCCGGCAGAGUCUCAUCAACGACAUGGUGAGAUUUAACCUGCUACAGUAUGUGGUCCCUGACGUGAAGGAGCUUUACAACUGGCUUGAGGUCGACUUUCAUCCCCUGAAGCUGAGUGGACGAGUGGCAAAGGUUCUGAACUGGGUGAGAGAUCAGGCUGAGAAAGAGGCUGACCUGCAGCAUUAUGUCCCACACCUGCAGAGUAACACCAUCCUCCGACUCCUGCAGCAGGUUGCCCAGAUCUACCAAAGCAUCGAGUUCAGCCGUCUGGCCUCCCUUGUUCCAUUUGUGGACGCUUUCCAGCUGGAGCGCUCCAUUGUCGAUGCCGCACGACACUGUGAUCUGCAGGUUCGGAUAGACCACACGUCUAAAACUCUGAGCUUUGGCUCGGAUCUGAACUACUCGACCAAAGAGGAUUCUCCUGUCGGUCCUUUCCUGCAAAACAUGCCGUCAGAGCAGAUCAGGAACCAGCUAACCGCCAUGUCUGCUUCUUUGGCUAAGGCCAUCCAGGUCAUCAAGCCCACUUCCAUCCUGCAAGAACGCGAGGAGCAGAGUCAGCUGGCCAUUGCUGCCUACCUGAAGAAUGCCCGCAAGGAUCACCAGCGCAUCCUGGCUCGCAGACAAACCAUCGAGGAGCGUAAAGAGCGCCUGGAGAGCCUCAACAUUCAGCGAGAAAAGGAAGAAUUGGAGCAGCGAGAAGCCGAGAUGCAGAAAGUCCGCAAGGCCGAGGAGGAGCGUCUACGGCAAGAGGCCAAAGAGCGAGAGAAGGAGCGCAUCAUGCAGGAGCACGAGCAGAUCAAAAAGAAGACUGUCCGGGAAAGGUUGGAGCAGAUCAAGAAAACUGAACUGGGUGCCAAAGCCUUCAAAGAUAUUGAUAUUGAGGACCUGGAGGAGCUGGAUCCCGACUUCAUCAUGGCCAAGCAGGUGGAGCAGCUGGAGAAGGAGAAGAAGGAGCUUCAGGAGCGUUUGAAGAACCAGGAAAAGAAGAUUGACUACUUUGAGAGGGCCAAACGCCUUGAGGAGAUUCCUCUUACCAAGAAAGCUUAUGAGGAGCAGCGCAUCAAGGACAUGGAGCUGUGGGAACUCCAGGAGGAGGAGAGGAUCAGUAACAUGAAAGUGGAGCGCGAGAAAGCUCUGGAGCAUAAGAAACGCAUGUCCAGAAUGAUGGAGGACAAGGAGAACUUCCUGUCAAAAAUAACUGCCGCCCGUAGCUUCAUUUACGAAGAAAAACUGACAGCAUUCCAGGAGCGUUUGGUGGAGGAGAGGAAGAAACGUCUGGAGGAAAGAAAGAAGCAGCGCAAAGAAGACAGACGCAACACUUACUACCGCCAGAAAGAGGAAGACGCCCAGCGCAUCCACGAGGAGUCGCUCAAGAAAGAACGGGAAGAGCGUGAACGCCUGGAACAGGAGCAGAGGGAGGAGGAGGAACGGGAGUACCAGGACCGUCUGCGCAAGCUGGAGGAGCAGGAGCGGAAGCAGCGCGCUCGCCAGCAGGAGAUCGAGGAGCGAGAACGCCGGCGCGACGAGGAGCGAAAGGCCCCACCAGAGCGAGGACCGGAGGAGAAAACCAAGGAAUAUCCUGAGAAGGAAGAGGGAGGAGGAGGAGGAGGAGGAGGAGGAGGCUGGAGGAAACGUACCGAGGGAAACGAUUCAUCAGAGUGGCGUCGUGCUGUCCCAGACAAGGAGGACGAGGAUAAAGAGGACAAAGUGAGAGAUGCUCCUCGCAGAGUUGGAGACGACCGAGGGCCUCGCCGAGGCUUCGACGAUGAUCGAGGCCCACGCCGGGACGACGACCGUCCUGUGCGCAGAGGAUUUGACGACGACCGCCCCGUGAGACGUGGCUUCGAUGACGACCGCGGCCCCGUGAGACGUGGGUUCGAUGACGACCGCCCCGUGAGACGUGGUUUUGAUGACGACCGCCCCGUGAGGCGUGGCUUUGAUGACGACCGCGGUCCCCGACGAGGCUUUGACGACGAUAGAGGUCCUCGUAGAGGCAUGGACGACUCCCGGGCUCCCAGGCGCGGGGCUGACGAUGACUGGGGCCCCAGGAGAGGAGGGGACGAUGACCGAGGCGGUAGGCGAGGGAUGGAUGACGGGCCGCGUCGUGGUGGCGAUGACCUCAAACCCUGGAAACCCGUCAGCAAACCUGCUGGAGGAGGCUGGCGUGAGCGGGAGAAGGCCCGGGAGGAGAGCUGGGGGCCUCCACGGGACGGGGCCAACGAUGAUGAAGACGACGAAGAUGGAGACGACAGAACCAGCCGUUUCAAGGAACGUCGUCCAGUCAGCAGAGACGAGGGCGUUUGGAGGAGAGCAGGCACAGACGAUGCAAACACUUGGAGAGGAAGGGAGGAAGCUGAUCGCGAUGACCGUCGUACUGAGGAGCGUCGUGACCGCGAUGAGCGCCGCCCUGAGGAGCGUCGUCCUGAGCGCCGUCCAGAGGUUUCCAGAGAAACCCGGGACGAGCGUGAACCCAGACCCGUUUCCAGAGAUCAGGAAGAAGGGGGCUCUUGGCGUCGCGCGGGUGAAGAUACGCGAGAUGACCGGCCGAAGGAGAGGGAGCGUGAACCCGAGGGGGACAAGGGUUGGCGCACGGAUAAAGACCCUCGUCGCACCAAGAACGAGAUCGAUGACGACGGCUGGACCACCGUUCGCCGCUGAACAUCAGCUCCUGCCUCCAUUUCAAGCUGAUUCUUAGAAGUUACAAUGAUAAUAUUCAAAUGAUAAUAAGUGAUCCAUCAACCGUUUGGCCCUAAUGUCGAGUUAACGGCUACCAGCUUCUGAUAAACAUCUGUAGACUGUAGUGAUCCCAGGGUUUAUUUUAUCUUUAUUCUGUCUUUCUGCAGUCUUGAAACCAUUUCCUUGCCACCUAACCGAGCUUGUGUGCACUUAGGCGUCAUACAGACAUAAAUUGAACACCACUAGCAGCAGUGGUGAGGAGUGAUAUAUUAUUUUUUUUUACCCUACAUGUAGUGACUCAAAACUGGAAAUCCAUGUAUCUGCUUUGAUGCUCGGUGCAAACUUCUGCACCGCACGGACCGCAGACAUCACAGAUGCCACAUUUACGCCACAGACUUAGAUCUUCUGUAACAGCCGUUACAUGAAAUUUCAUGUUUUGAUUGACUGGUUUCUGCUUUUCAUCUGAUAAAAUGCUUCAUAGCCCGUUAAUAACCUACAGGACUUUACAUUUUGACGUGCAUGUGUUGAGUAUUGAAAUGGUCGCUUGAUAUCAGUAUGUGCUGUCUGUCUUUCUGCAAUCAGUAAUUUCCAACCCGAUUGCGAGUGUACAGACGAAGCCUUUAUUAAUAAAGAUGUUUGCUCACCA